AUGAGUACACAACCAUUCAACGUCGCCAUCGUUGGCUAUGGUAUGUCAGCCAAGGUCUUCCACAUACCACUCGUCCGAGCAUUAUCAAAAGACUUCAAGCUCUAUGGAAUCGUGCAACGUUCGCCAAAAGCUGGUGACGAUGCGUCCACGGAUCACCCGGGUGCCAAAGCGUGGAACAGCGUAGGUGAUGUCUAUCGCGACACGGCGGUCGACGUUGUCGUGGUGACCAGCAUCCCAGAGACACAUUUCGAGAUGUGUAAAGCCGCACUUCAGGCUGGAAAACAUGUGGUGGUUGAGAAGCCAUUCGUCCCAACCGCCAAAGAAGCUGAUGAGCUAUUGGAGGUCGCCAAGCGUAGCGGGAAGCUGUUGACUGUCUACCAGAAUCGACGAUGGGACUCGGAUUUCCUGACCGUACAGAAAGUGCUGAAGGAGGGUUCCCUAGGUGAUGUCGUGGAAUUUGAGACACACUAUGAUCGCCAUCGGCCUGACCCGCCACCGAACACCUGGAAAGUGAAGGAGGCGCCUGGUCACGGCAGUAUCUUCGAUCUUGGCACGCAUCUCAUCGACCAGGUAUACUGCCUCUUCGGCCUGCCUGAAGCAGUGAAUGGCUUCAUCACGACGCAGAGACGUGAAAAGAUACCGGGCGGAGCACAUGAUAGCCAUACCUUGAUCCUUCAAUAUAGAGAUGGUCUUAUGGUAACAGUCAAGGCAGCUAUCGUCUCCCUAGAAGAACAUCAACUUCACUACUGGGUUCGUGGUACCACUGGCUCAUUCAAGAAAUUCGGCGUCGAUGUGCAGGAGGAUCAGCUCAAGGCUGGGCUCCGGCCCGGUGAUGAAGGGUUUGGUGUCGAGCCGACGGAGAUGCAUGGUAGCUUGACUAAGAUCAUCGACGGCCAGCCCAAGAAGGAGACAUAUCCUACAGUGCAGCCGAUGAUGUACAUCGAGUUCUAUCGACAAUUUGCCCAGGCGCUGCAAGGCAAAGGCGAGGUGCCUGUCAAGCCAGAAGCCGCGAGAGAUUGCUUGAAGAUCGUUGAGGCAGCCUUUGUCAGCUCGAAGGAAGGCAGGACCGUGGAGCUGUGA